GUAAAGUUAAUGCGACUGCUAGUACGAGCUUAUUUAGUUCUUCGGCAAUCGGUGGAGCAGGAGGAUAUUAUAAUCCCUAUGGCUUUGCAACGAAUGUUGCGCCUGCUGGCAAAGCAGGUUUACCUUCAUCAGCCAACAUAGGAGGGAUCGGAGGUGGAAUCGGAGCUGCUGUUUCACUCGGAGGACCUCCAGGCACG